AUGGCAGGUUUACUGUUAAAUGCAUGCGGAAAUUUUAUUCUGAAGAAUUUGAAGAAUGUGUCGAAUCGUAAGAUAAUUGGAAGUGGAAAAGCUAAUUUCCAUAUCACGGCGAAAUAUUUCCAAGAAAAGUGUCCCGACGAUAAAGUUUACACAACACGUUUAGCCCUACCUCCCGAUUACGAGAAUGUGACAGAAUUCAUGCUGGAAUCGUACUACAAAUACGAACCGGUGGUCAUCAACAUCGGCAUACAGGGGACAGAGCCAACGGAGAUUUGGAGGACGAUGAUGUACAGUCAGGUUAAAGCUGGACUCUCGAUCAUCGCCGAAGAUCGAGAUAACUGUGUUAUUGGAGCAGCCUUGAAUUACGUCACGUCUAUCCACGAGGGGAAGGAAAUGUACAAUUUGGCGAGAUGCUGUGCGACAGGUCCACACCGGGACAUCGUCGAAUUCUUCGGUUACAUAGCAGAGACGCCUAAACUUUGGGAGCGUUAUUGCGUCCAUAGCAUCUUCGAACAAGCCAGCGUCGCUGUCAGCCAGGAUUUUCAAGGAUUAGGAAUCGCCAGAAGACUGAUUCAAGAGAGCUGGGUGUUGGCGCGAGACUGCGGCUACCGGUUGUUCCGGCUGGACUGCAACAGCAGUUAUUGCGCAAGGAUAGCGACGGGUUUCGGGUGGCCGCUGGUCUGGAGCAUACCUUUCAGCCAGUACGUGAGGAACGGAGAAGUGGUAUUUAAACACGUGAAGGAACCGCACACGGUGUGUCGAGUGUAUGUCGAUUACCUGCGAUACUGUAAAACCUACUGUCCGCCCUACAAAGGCUGUCAAACACUCACACCUCCUCCAUUCUGA